GGCCCUGCAAAAGCAUAAAAGAGCAGCAGCGAGUGGGAGAGGAGACACUGCUGCCUGCCCUGCAGGCUGACCCUGCUCCCAGCCCCAGCCCAGCAUCCCUGCCUCAGCAAGCUCAGCCAAGAGGGAAGCUGGGUGGUGACAAACCCACCUGCCAGCACCUGGAGAAAAGAAAGCAGUUUAUUACUACCAGAAUCAAGCUUUCUCUGAAGUCACCAGGUUUUUUGAUUGCUGAUAAGGAGAGAAUGUACCCUCCCUAUCACAGAGACCUGAGCUGCAAAGAGGUGGCUGCCUUCCCCCUUCCUGUGCCAGCCAUGAAGGCUGGAAGGGACUCCAAGGCAGUAGGUAAAGCCAAGUGGUAUAAUUCACUCAGUAAAAGAAGGAGACAUUUGGCAGCUUGGCACCAGUACUAAUGAAGCCAACAGCCUUCUCUGCCUUCUCCUUUUGGCUGGCUCUCCUUUUGGCUGCCUUCCUUGGCAUACACAUGGCUGGCAGUUUUGUGAGAAGUCGGAAGAACCAUACGCUCAUUUUCACCAAGGAAAACACAAUUCGCAACUGCAGCUGUUGGGCGGGCGUCCGUGACUGUGAUUACUGCCUGGCAAACCUGAUGUGCAAUUGCAAAACGGUGCUGCCCUCUACCUUGGAAAAAACUACCUACAACAGCCACCUGACCAUUUGGUUCACAGACAUCUCCGUGCUGGAGAUGCUCCUCAACUUCACAAGAGCGUGGGACUUGAAGCUGUCCUUCUGUGGCACCGCUCCUCUCCCAACAGAAUACUUGGCCAUUUGGGGACUUCGAAAGCUCCAGGUAAACAAGGUGAAGGGACGAUUUCCAGAGCAGAGUGUAACCAUCUACAGCAGCAGAAACAAUGAAAUAGAAGACUCACUUGCAGUACACAACAAAGACAGUCAAAUGCUUGUAUAUAUUUCUUUUCUGGAUACUUCGCUUUUCAAUGGAUAUUCUUUGCUAAAGUCAUACAGCGUGGAAAAUGUCUCCAGUAUCACAAAGCAUUUUCCCAGCCUGCUGUACUCUGAUGUUUUCUCAACCUCAGAUAACAAGAGCUAUGUUGUAACAUUCAUUUACUGAGUUAUUGAGGCAAGGCAAACUGCUAUGAGAGAUGAGACUUUAAGUCUGCUUAGUUUGGUCAGGAGGAACUGUUACAGGAUGGACAGUUCUGAUUGUGAUAGCACAAGGAGGUGUUUAAAGUUAGACUGACUCAUCAGACUAAUUCAGUAAAUGCAUUAUUAAAGAACAAAGAAAAUGUGAAAUAACCAUUUAUGAAAGCAUUGCUGCAAAUUCUUUUUAUAUACUGUACGCUAAGCAUUGAAACCCAUAGAUAAAUUUUGUUUUAAUGCUAUGCCUUAGAAAAGGACAGAAUUCUGCAUCUCCAGUCGUAGAAGAACCUGUGUGUCCCAGAGAGUCAGACAGCAGCUUGGGCUGUCUCCAGUCCAACCGUGCUUGCCCCAAGCAGAGCCAGCUCUGGGACCAGACCAGGCAGCUCAGGGUUUUCUGUAGCCAGGUCUUGAGAACCCCCAAGGACAGAGCCUGCACAACCUCACUGGGCAACAUGUUCCACUGGCUGCCUGCCCUCAUGGGAAAAAUUUUUCUAGUGUAUUAUCCCCAGCCUUCCCUUCUCCAGGCUAAGCAAGCCCAGUUCCCCCACGCUUUUCUCACACUCACAUGUGCCACCCUCUGACCAUCUUGGUGGCUCUCCACUGGACCACAUCCAUUGAUUCCCUAUCUCUCUUGCUCUGAGAGGGCCAAAACUGCAUGCAGGACUCUGUAUGCAGUCUGGCAGUCAGUGCCAGGACAUGGGGAAUAAUCCCUUCCCUCCACCUACUGUCUCUCUGUUAUUACAGCCCACUGCUGUCAGGUUCAAGGGGUGCAAGAUGGUUACAGGGUACUCAGACUGGGAGUGAUGCCCUCUGGUACUUGAUCAAAACUGUGAACCUUCUGCUUUGAGAGCAGGGAGAGGCUAUGCAGGCAGCCUCCCACCUCAGCACACAACCACAAGUGUAUCUGGGGGUGCCCAGGAAGCUGUAUUCUCUGUCAAGCCAUGGCGCACACCAUGGGAAGGCACUGGGCAAGAGGCUGCCUGACAGGUGAGACACCGUGCUCACAGAGAUGGUUUUUCCCAGGGAAAGUCCCGCUGCUUGCAGGUUUGGUGUGCCAAUGCCUGCAUUUUCUCCAAAUGUGGGGAAAUUUACUUUAUCUUCUGUGAUAAUGACAAGCUCUGCUCAUGUUCUUCGCCAUGAGAGAGUCCAGUGGAGGGCAACAAAGAUGACUGGGAGACUACAGCAUCUGUCUUUUCAAGGAAAGGUUGUGAGAGCUAGGACUGUUUAGCCUGGAGAGGAGUAGACUGAAAAAAGACCUUGUCUUUGUCUAUAAAUAGAGCUGUUGGCCUCUUGUCUUAAGUAAAUAAUGAUAGGACCAGAGGAAACGGCCUGAAGUUGCACAAGGGGA